AAAAGUUUAUCCGCCAUGCAAUCAAGAUUGUGAAGAAGAUUACUUAACUGAAAGCUUCCGAGGUCUAAAACUUCAAGGGCAUGUUGGCUUUGAUAGUCUUCCAGACCAGCUUGUUAAAAGAUCUGUUUCAGAGGGCUUUGCUUUUAAUAUUUUGUGCAUUGGAGAAACCGGCAUUGGCAAGUCAACACUGAUGGAUUCCUUGUUCAAUACCACUUUUGACUCCACGCCUAGUCCCCAUAAUCUGCCAGCUGUGAAAUUGAAAGCUAAGACAUAUGAUCUUCAAGAAAAGAAUGUGAACCUGAAACUGACAAUUGUCGAUACAGUUGGUUAUGGGGAUCAAAUAAACAAAGAAGACAGUUUUAAAGCUAUUGUGGAUUAUAUUGAUACUCAGUUUGAAAUGUUUCUGCAAGAAGAAUUAAAAAUUAAAAGAUCUCUUGUAACCUAUCAUGAUACCAGAAUUCAUACAUGUUUGUAUUUCAUCAGUCCAACUGGGCAUGGGUAAGUUUAUGGCUCUUGA